AUGGCAGCAGAUGAAGAUAUGGGACUCAGAGAAUUUGUCUCUGGCCAGACAGCUGGGGAAGAGGCUUGGGGGACUGAGAUUGAGGCCAGGUCUACUUCCUCGAAGCGACUGGGCUUCUACUUCAUACGGCUGGAGCAGCAGAUCCUGAGCACACGGCCAGGAGACCUGUCCUAUCACCAACCACAACAAGAACUGUCUCCUUCACUGGUGUUGGGAGACCAGCCUGGAGCAGAUGCUGAGGCUGCUUCCCUGGGCCUCUUGGCCACCCUGGCACAUGUCACCUGAGUUCCUAUGGGGCUGACCCCUAUGGACCUACUCAGCCUUAUCUGCCACACAGCUGCCACACUAUGGACCUUCCCAGAGUCCUGCAACAUUCCCAGUGGUAUCAGAAUCUGUAGGACCUACAGUGAAAGAUCGAGUGGCCAUGAGGAGGAGACCAUGCAGUUCCUGAAUGACCAUUUAGUCAGGUUCCUGGAGAAGGUGUACCAGCUGGAGAGGAAGAAAGCGGAGUGGACCAACAUCCAAGAGUUGAGCAAAUGCCAUGAGUCUAGUGUGUGCCCAGAGUACCAGUCCUACCUCCAGAAGGAAGAGAUCCAGCUGAAGAUCCUAUGCAGUGAAGCAGAGGAUGUCAGCAGGAUUAUACAAACUAACAAUGAUGUGCUGUCAGUGGUUUUAGAAUCAAGGGGAGGUGGGCAUGUGCAGGAUGCCCAGCAGGAGUCUCUGAAGGAGGAGCAGUUCUGCCUCAAGAGCCAACACAAGCAGGAAGCUUAUACUCUGAGGUGUCACCUGGAGGAUAAGUUCCAGAUAGAACUAGAUACCAAGACCACUGUGGACCACAGCAGUGUACUGUGGUGCCAAUAUGAGGCUAGAGUUGAGACCAACUUCCAGGAAGUGGAGCAGUGGUUCCAAGAUCAGUCUGAAGGCAACAGCCUGCGGGCCGUGUCCUGCUCUGAGGAACUGUGGUGUUGCCAGUCGGAGAUCCUGGAGCUGAGAGGCAUGUGGAAUGCUCUGGAGGCUGAGCACCAAGCCCAACAUAGCCUGUUGUUUGCCGAGACCACAGCUGAUCUGGAGUGGCAGAACCAGGAGUACCAGGGACUGCUGGAUGUCAAUACCUGGAUGCAGGGUGAGAUCAACAUGUACCAGAACCUUCCUGAGAGUGGGGACUGUACACAUGUGAUCUAG